GCUGACUCACCAUCCCUCUCCAACACUCUAUCGUCAGAUUGACUCAAUUCUUUACGGGUGGAUUGCUAGCUCUGGACUACGCCAUCAGACUAUCGGGCUCGAAUACGAGGAAAGAUCAUUGGACUUAGUCAGAGAAGCAGUUAGUUUCAAAAAACCGCUGCAGACUAGCUAGGCCGGGGUUACGUAUCAGAAAUUGUAAUCUACGUUAUCAUGGCUGGACGACCGACACAAGAAGAUUUACGUGCCCUCCAAGGGCAAAUUGUCGAAAUGCAGAACACGCUUGCUCAGCUCCAGAAUGCAGCUCAACAGUCACAAGUGGUCUCCCGAAGAGAAUGGGUCAUACGACUUUUCCUCAAAUCACCUCGCGGACUUCAUCACGAAUAUAACCCUCGAAAGACCAAGCUAGCCUACGAUGGAUCCAACCUCGACAUCUGGGAGAGGGAGAUUAAUCAUACCCUUAGCUUCGUGUUUGCUUCCCAUACCCAUUUCACCUCGGGCAACUACAGCUUCUCUAACCACCCUCUCGAGGAACAGAGAUGCAUCUCUACUUUGUUUCGUUGGACUGUCGACAAUGAUCUACUUGACAUAGUCGAAAGCUGUGGUGCCGAUUCGCCCUCUGAAAUCUUAACACUUCUAAGAUCAAUCUGUACUAGUUCCAACAGAAACGGCGGCUACUGUUGAUCGAUCAACUUGCAUCACUAGCGAACAAGAACUCAACUGGUAGUCAAACAACGCUAUCCAAUUGGAUCAAGCUUGCGAUUGAAAGAGUCAAUGGGUUUAUUUUUUUCAAGGGUACUCUUGUGGGACCUCUCUAGGUUGAUUUCAAAACUGUUGACAUGAAAUAACAACAGGACCAGAUACUCAAAAGAUUCUCUCUCAGCCUUCAAACAGUCACACAAGAUCAACAUUUGUUUGAAACAAUCAGCUUGAUUUGAAGACUGUGUAUCUCUCGAAGAAGUUUAGCAUCUAUUUCUAGCAGAGUAUUAACAUUUGGUUACUAUCUGACAUGUGUCUCAGUGCUAUCUGUGUAUAUUCUGGAUCAGCUCUUGCGUGGGGUCUCCCUGAAAACAUUUCUUUGCCAUUUCCUGGAAUUACCCAAGGAUUUCUCACAGUGCAAUUAUGCUUCUCAGGUGGCCCAAGUUUUAUUU